AUGCAGUUUUCUAAAGUUUUGGUGAUUUUUAUCGCUUUGUUUUAUCAAAGUUUAGCUUUCAGCAUUUCUAAUGGUAAGAUUAAUUUCCCUGGAAGUGGGAAAUCUGCAAUUUCAAUUGACAAAUUUGAUACUAAAAUCAAUUCCAAGGGACUGAGUCAUAAAGUUACUGUAAAAGAUUUAGAAGAAAUCAUUGAAUUUGGUUUUUCAAUCCCUUCAAACUCUGAUAAUGCGAUUAAAAGUCAUUUAUUAUUGGGUUUCCCAAGGGAUGGUUUGGAAACUGUAAUUGAACCUUUGGUACAAAAGAAGGAUGAUAAGUUAGUCUAUCUAUUCAAUAUCAGAUUAAACGCUUUAUCAAAGGCAUUAUUAUCAAGAGCUGUUGAAAAUCAGGAAUCUUUAGAGGCUACUUUGCUAUUAGCUAAUGAAGAUAAUAAAAACAAUAAUAUCUUCGGCAGGGUAUUCCAGUUAACUCUAUCACCAGAUUUGGAAGUUCAAUAUACAAAGCCAUCUAGAUUUGGUUUCAAGGAUGAAAUUCAUCAUAUUUUCCGUUCACCACCAAAAGCUGCUCCAGCAUUCAUUGCUCAAGUAUUCUCACUUGCUAUCGCUGGUUGUGUAGUUUUGUUGAUUGGUACUUGGUUAUCAACUGGUGUUUUAUCAAAUAUGUGUAUCCCAGGCGGUAUGAACUCCAUCUACUUCAUUGUCAUGAUUUCUUCAAUUGUUGGAUUUGAAUAUAUUUUCACUAAUUAUUACUUGGGAGUCUCUAUUUUCGAAACUUUACACGCUGGUUUAUAUUUAAUCAUUCCAAGUUUAAUCAUUGGUACUAAAUUCCUAAGAAACAUUGGGAAACAAAUCUAA